AUGGUAAACAUGCAGGCUUUCAACGGAAUUAGCAGACCGUCGGCACGACUGGUCGCAUCCUACAUCUUUGACUGGAUCGUCAUCAUCGGCAUCGCAGCCGUGGCCGCUGGCUGGGAGUAUGUCGAACCUUUCCGCCGACCUUUCUCGCCCGUCGACCUCAACAUCUCAUACCCCUACCAGACGAGCGAAAUGAUCCCCACUUGGCUUCUGGUUGUUGUCUCGCUCGUUGCGCCUGCUGGUAUCAUCAUGAUAGUAUGUCUUGUCUUUGUUCCUGGGCCCACGGCCGAACGCGGAACACCAAAGGCGCUGAUUUGGAGGAGGAAGCUCUGGGAGUGGAACACGGGAUGGAUGGGCCUUGCGCUUUCACUUGCAACGGCCUUUUUGAUCACUCAGGGCAUGAAGAACUUAUUUGGAAAGCCGAGACCAGACUUGCUGUCGAGGUGCAAGCCAGAUCUUAACCGCAUCGCCGACUUCGCCAUAAACCCCGUUGUUGGAGAUAUCUUUGAUCCAGCCUGGGUACUCGUCACUUCUGGUAUUUGCACUCAGACAGACAACGAUCGCCUCAAAGACGGCUUCAAGUCUUUCCCAAGUGGACACUCGAGCUUUUCAUGGGCCGGUCUCCUUUACCUUACUCUCUUUCUGGCUUCCAAGUUCAGCGUUGCAAUCCCCUUUCUUCCACCCCGCCCCUUCUCAACAAACCCAGCCUACACUUCGGCCGUCACCCCAUCCAACCUCAAGAAGCAAGCUACGCUGCCAGUGCACAAGCAAGACACUUCUCUUUCAUCCGCAGCGUACAGCGACGAUGCUGUGGUCCCCAUUCGGUACCAGAACGCUGCGCCGCCCGUAUACACUCUGGUCCUUAUUCUCGUACCUAUUGGUUCUGCCAUUUACAUUACCAGCACACGCUACACCGACUACCGUCACUUUGGCUUCGACAUGCUGUUUGGCACAUUGAUCGGCGUAACCUGUGCGUGGUUCUCCUUCCGCUGGUACCACCUCCCCGUCACGCGAGGUGCGGGCUGGGCCUGGGGACCACGAAGCUACGAGCGUGCAUGGGGCAUUGGCGUAGGCAGGGGUUCUUACGUUGGCACAGAGGGAUGGAGUAAGGCGGGUGCAGGUGCAAGGAGGAGGACGGACGCCCAAAUGGGUGCACACAGUGUGGACGACAGCGAGUUGGGUGUCCUUAACCAUAACGGUGUGCCACAUGCUGGAAACCCACCCAGCACAAGGCCUUCAAGGGGAGGUGCAUCCCGUGAUAUGUAA